AAAGAUUACCACUUUGAAUAUACCGAAUGUGAUAGCAGUGGCUCCAGGUGGAGAGUUGCCAUUCCAAACUCUGCAGUGGACUGCUCUGGCCUGCCCGACCCAGUGAGAGGCAAAGAAUGCAUUCUUCUUGGAUCCCUCGUGGAAACUACAUAGAGUCUAAUCGUGAUGACUGCACGGUGUCUUUGAUCUAUGCUGUGCACCUUAAGAAGUCAGGUUAUGUCUUCUUUGAGUACCAGUAUGUGGACAACAACAUCUUCUUUGAGUUCUUCAUUCAAAACGAUCAGUGCCAGGAGAUGGACACCACCACUGACAAGUGGGUAAAACUCACAGACAAUGGAGAAUGGGGCUCUCAUUCCGUAAUGCUGAAAUCAGGCACAAACAUUCUGUACUGGAGAACUACAGGCAUCCUUAUGGGUUCCAAGGCCGUCAAACCUGUGUUGGUAAAAAAUAUCACAAUUGAAGGGGUGGCAUACACAUCAGAAUGCUUUCCGUGCAAGCCAGGCACAUUCAGCAACAAACCUGGUUCCUUCAACUGCCAAGUAUGCCCCAGAAACACAUAUUCUGAGAAAGGAGCCAGAGAAUGCAUAAGGUGUAAAGAGGACUCUCAUUUUUCAGAGGAAGGAUCCAGCGAAUGUAUGGAGCGCCCUCCCUGUACCACUAAAGACUAUUUCCAGAUCCAUACGCCAUGUGAUGAAGGAAAGACUCAGAUAAUGUACAAAUGGAUAGAGCCCAAAAUCUGCCGGGAGGAUCUCACAGAUGCUAUUAGAUUGCCCCCUUCUGGAGAGAAGAAGGAUUGUCCACCCUGCAACCCUGGAUUUUAUAACAACGGGUCAUCUUCUUGCCGUCCCUGCCCUCCAGGAACAUUUUCAGAUGGAACAAAAGAAUGCAGACCAUGUCCAGCAGGAACAGAACCUGCCCUUGGGUUUGAAUAUAAAUGGUGGAAUGUUCUUCCUGGCAACAUGAAAACUUCCUGCUUCAAUGUAGGGAAUUCAAAGUGUGAUGGAAUGAAUGGUUGGGAGGUGGCUGGAGAUCAUAUCCAGAGUGGGGCUGGAGGUUCUGAUAAUGAUUACCUGAUCUUAAACUUGCAUAUCCCAGGAUUUAAACCACCCAUGUCUGUGACUGGAGCCACAGGUUCUGAACUAGGAAGAAUAACCUUUGUCUUUGAGACCCUCUGCUCAGCCGACUGUGUUCUGUACUUCAUGGUGGAUAUUAAUAGAAAAAGUACCAAUGUGGUGGAAUCAUGGGGUGGAACCAAAGAAAAACAAGCCUACACUCACAUCAUCUUCAAGAAUGCAACAUUUACAUUUACUUGGGCAUUUCAGAGAACUAAUCAGGGUCAAGAUAAUAGACGAUUCAUCAAUGACAUGGUGAAGAUGUAUUCUAUCACAGCCACGAAUGCAGUUGAUGGGGUGGCGUCUUCCUGCCGUGCCUGUGCCCUUGGUUCUGAACAGUCGGGCUCAUCCUGUGUGCCCUGCCCCCCAGGCCACUACAUUGAGAAGGAGACCAACCAGUGCAAGGAAUGUCCACCGGACACUUACCUGUCCAUACAUCAGGUCUAUGGCAAGGAGGCUUGUAUUCCAUGUGGGCCUGGGAGUAAAAGCACUCAGGACCACUCAGUGUGCUACAGUGACUGCUUUUUCUACCAUGAAAAAGAAAAUCAGAGUUUGCACUAUGACUUCAGCAACCUCAGCAGCGUGGGCUCGUUCAUGAAUGGCCCCAGCUUCACCUCCAAAGGAACAAAAUACUUCCAUUUCUUCAAUAUCAGUUUAUGUGGGCAUGAGGGGAAGAAGAUGGCUCUCUGUACCAACAAUAUAACAGACUUUACAAUAAAGGAAGUGGCCGCAGGGUCAGAUGAUUAUACGAAUUUGGUGGGAGCAUUUGUAUGCCAGUCAACUAUUAUUCCUUCUGAAAGUAAGGGUUUCCGAGCAGCUUUAUCAUCACAGUCCAUCAUUCUAGCAGACACAUUUUUAGGAGUGACAGUUGAAACCACAUUGCAAAAUAUAAAUAUAAAAGAAGAUAUGUUCCCAGUUUCACCAAGCCAAAUACCAGAUGUGCAUUUCUUUUAUAAGUCUUCCACAACUACAACGUCUUGUAUUAAUGGCCGAUCAACUGCUGUGAAAAUGAGGUGUAAUCCCACUAAACCUGGAGCAGGAGUGAUUUCAGUCCCCAGCAAGUGCCCAGCAGGUACCUGUGAUGGGUGUGCAUUCUAUUUCCUGUGGGAAAGUGCUGAAGCUUGCCCUCUGUGCACAGAGCAUGACUUCCAUGAGAUUGAGGGGGCCUGCAAGAGAGGAUUUCAGGAAACCUUGUAUGUGUGGAAUGAACCUAAAUGGUGCAUUAAAGGAAUUUCUUUGCCGGAGAAAAAGUUGUCAACCUGUGAAACAGUUGACUUUUGGCUAAAAGUGGGAGCAGGUGUGGGAGCUUUCACGGCUGUUUUGCUGGUGGCUCUGACUUGUUACUUCUGGAAAAAGAAUCAAAAACUGGAGUACAAAUAUUCCAAGUUAGUAAUGACGGCUAACUCCAAAGAGUGUGAACUCCCAGCUGCAGACAGUUGUGCUAUCAUGGAAGGAGAAGAUAAUGAAGAGGAAGUGGUAUAUUCCAAUAAACAGUCACUCCUAGGAAAACUCAAAUCCUUGGCAACAAAGGAAAAAGAAGACCAUUUUGAAUCUGUUCAACUGAAAUCCUCGAGAUCCCCAAAUAUAUGAAGAGACAGUGCUGUAGUCUGCAGACUAAGAACUGAGAAACCUGCUCUAGUUUUACAGGACCAUAUAUUAGGGCCUGUCCUCACACCCGUCGCAUUGGUGAUGUCACUGAGGAGGGCCGCAUCACUGAAAAGGGAAGGAGGUUGAGAUGUUUGAUUGCCUUAUCACAUGGUCAAGUACCUUGCCAAAAAAAGGAAAACAAAUGAUUUGGAUCUCAACUGAAGAUGAAACUCAACUCAGGAAGAGAUUUAUCUGUAUAUACACAUAACUGAAAACCAAGUUUAAGCCCACCAGUGCACUGCUGAUGCAUGCCACAUAAUUAAUGGGGUGACUUUUAUUCUUCAUGAUGUCUACAUAAAUUGUGCUAUGGAGGGCAGAUGUGAGCUUACGUGCUGUGAUCCCAUUUAUGUUUUUUCUUUGUAUGUAUUUUGGGAAAGAUUGGAAAAUUUUCUUAAGGUAUGGUUAUUUUUCCCUUUAUUUAUUUUCUUGAGAGACUUUAAAACAGCUUUUCUAUUAAAAAUGAUGAGCAAUGAAGACAAUAAAUUUUUCAUUUUUUUCCAUAGGGUAUCUUCUCUUGAUUUCAGAAACUUAAAUGAUCAGCAAUGUUUUAGGAAGAGUUAGCGUGUGCUGGAGUUAUCUAAACUUAGAAUUGUCUUUGAAAUUCCAUACUUGCUCAAACUGGUAAGAAGGGCUUGACUGAAAGUGUGAAGGAAUCAUAACACAAACGAACAAAAGGCAAGAGGAAGCCUUGACCGUCCAUUAAUACAAACAAGGUGGUACUAUCACAUAAGUCAAAUGGCUUAAAAGAGUUCAUGUAGUGCUGGAGGUAUAGUUUAAAGUAAGUGGGAAAGCCUGCUUAUCAAAUCACUAGCAAUAUGGUGGAGAAGAAAGUGAGUCUGUAAGUGCAAAUAGUUGUAAAAAUGUCCUUGGGUAAUUUCAUCCAGAAAAUGUCAGUGGAACAUUUGUCCUAUGUCAAGAGCUGGAUGGUAUAGGGCUAUUUUUCUGCUACAAUACACUGAGAAUCACCAUUUUCUUAAAAGUUUUUUUUUUUUUAAGCCAAUAAAGCAGGAAUCCAAUUUUGGGAAAUUGCAUAUUUGUAUUCAUAAUAAGAAAGUGGUUGUACCAUAAAGCAGUUAUGAAAUAAGUAUUGUUCCUAUUCAAAAGUAAUCCAGGUAAUUGUAAUAUUUCCUAUGAAUACAAUAACAGGUAAUGAGUAUUAUCUCAAUUUGGAUAUUCAAAAAAAAUUUGAAUGGAUUUGACUAAUUUUGCUAACUUUGUGUAAAUCUUAAUUGUUUUAGAACUGGAAAAGAGGGGAGUUUCCUGGCCAUUGAUGAUCUAAGGUGCUCUGGUUUGUUUCCAAUAAACAGUAAUCUUUAUAGAUCUUAAUUCAGAUUUUUAAAAAGACUCGUGAUUCGCUGAGAGAGCCAGGGAAUAUGGGUAGAAUUUGUUGAAAGGUUUGCCCCAAGAAUUUUAGUGAAGUAUGAGUUGUAACUUCUGAUUCUGCAGGCAAUUUCUUUAUUUUUAUGCAAAAUGGAAGAAAAAUGAGUAAUUGUGCUUAUUUGGGCAAAACACUAAACCAUCCUUUUACUAUUGAAUGCAUGUUUUAUAUGUAUGUCUACUGUUCCACAUAUGAGUAUAUGGGAGGUUAUUAUUCUUGUAUUGUUUGUUACAGAAUUCAGAGAGGGCAUCACUUAGCAUAAACUUCUCUUGCAUUUAAUUUCUUGAGUCUUUUGCAUAAAGAAGAAAUUAUUGCAUAGCUCAUUGUUAUCCUGCUAACGGAGUGCUGAGGAGGCUUUCCUCAUCUUGAUCAAAAUUUAAACAGAAGAUUAGAAAUGCAUUUGAAAUGCGUCCUUUCAGAGGAACCCUGGUAAAAUUGUAUAGACUGGACAGAGUCAGAAAAUUUCUAGAGAGUCACCUGUCACUUCUCUUCACCUUCAGCUGUGCUCCUUAUGUAUGUUCCAAUCCAUAAAGAUAAUUGGGAUUUGCUCCCAGGUAGCUUCUUUCUUCUCCUGUCACUGGGCUACAAUCUUUUACAUGUCAAAAAUGCCUUAAAUUUUAAUGAACUCUCUGAAAAUGUCAUUGAUAUUGAAGAAUUUAUUUAUUUUAUUUUUAAUUUUAGAUAUUAAAUGGAUUUUGUCAGCUCAGUCCCAUCUUUCCUUUGGAUCUCAGUGGCUUGCUAUUUUAUUCCAAGCACAGAAGCAGCAUCAAAGAAAGAAUAUCUUGAAAAAAUACUCAUGCCAAUCCUGGCUAUAAAAUUCACUUUCGUUUUAUGUCUGCCCUUUGCAAAGCCCAAUGAAAUGCUGAAAGACAUAAACAAAUGAAUCAUGUGUCUGUGACUUUUCAUUGACAUUUGUUGUUCCUUUCCCCCUAUAAGUGGGGGGGAAGAGAGAUUAUUUAUUAUUUUUCUAAUAGGCACAGUUUUGAAGCCUUAAAUACUUCACUAAGUCAACUGUUGCCUCUAUCUUUUAGCACUCUGUCAAAACAUAUUUCAAUCAGUUUUCAACUGGAUGUGACCCUGUCUUCUAUGGAUAAAUUAUAUCAUGCCAUUUAACAAUGUUGAGCAAUUUGAUAUGUGUUCACUUGAUUAAAAAGACUGAAUUUUAUUAUUAUUGACUUUCUUCUCUCUUUAGUUACUAAUAAUCAAAUCCUGUCUAGAAUUAAAAGUAUUUCAUAGUGUUUUUGUUUAGAUGUCUGUCUUUAUUUUCUUACCCAAGGGAAAAAAAGGAGAUUUAAAUUUGUUAUGUGGAAGAAUUGCUCAUGUUCAGUCAUUUUCCAUCUGAGGUCUUCAGGUCCCCAGGUGGUGGGUCAUGAUUGUGCUUCUUCAAGACCCAUCUGGCCAACUGUCAUUUAAUGUUCAUCAAUACAGCCAAUUCCAGUAGCUCAUGGUCAUUUCUAAUGGGAAGCUAAUGAAUAGCUCAUUUCUCUCUUCCUUAUUAAAAUAAAUUCCCUGGGGUUAGGGGUGGGAAGAUAACUCCAUUGGCCAAGCUUAAAGACAAUGUGCUGCUCUCGUUUAUCUUUUUACAUGAAUAGGUAAGGUAGAGUAGAUCUUCAGAGGGCCUGAAAUUCCUUCACAUCUAUUUGAUGGUAAUGAAUGUUAUCCCUGGUUUAUAGGCCCAAGGACCAAGUUAAGGUUGCCCUAAGGUACAGUUCCUGAUGGGAAUAGACUUUUUAAAAAUCUCAAUAGUUGUCUCAUUCUUGGGAAACUAAAAUUUAGUUUGCCUUCACAGUAACUGGUUACAAAUUACUCUCUGAAUUUUAUUUAUUUUGGUUUAACAUUUUUUAAAUGAGUUCCUUUAGGAUCAUAAAUGAAAGAAGUAGAACUUUAAGAUGGGGGUGAAAAUCGAAAAGAAAAUUAAUUACUAUUAAUAUUACAAUUGAUAUUAAUAUUACUAUUGCACUUGUCUAGAUCAGAGGGCAGUGAACUUUUUUUGAAACCAUCAGGUAAUACAUAUUUUUGGCUUUGCAGGGUGUGUGGUCUCUGUGUACCUACUCAACUCUGCCAUUGCAGCAGGAAAGCAGUCACGGACAAUCUGCAAACAGAGUGUGGCUGCAUUCCAACAAAACCAUAUUUAGGGAUGCUGAAA